UUCUUCUCCAUUGCAGUGCUUCCAUCCCCUGCCCUCACAUCCUCACCCCCUCUUCCAAAACUCUUCCUCAGCCACAGAAAACACUCGGCAGUUACCAAUGGAUCAACUCCUCAAAUGCCCGGCUAACUAUGUCCCUCUCAGCCCCGUCACCUUUCUAUCGAGGGCUGCUGCUGUUUACCCUGAUCGUACUUCGAUCGUAUACGAACGUACUCGAUUCACCUGGAAACAGACGAAUGAUCGCUGCCUACGCAUGGCCUCAUCCCUGCGAUCUUUAAAUGUUUCCAAGAAUGAUGUGGUAUCUGUGCUCGCCCCCAAUAUUCCAGCCAUGUAUGAGAUGCAUUUUGCCGUGCCGAUGGCCGGUGCAGUGCUGAACGCUAUAAACACCCGACUCGAUGCGGCCAACGUCGCCACCAUCCUCAAGCACUCGGAGGCAAAGAUGUUCUUCGUGGACUACCAGUGCGUCCGGCUCGCCCGCGACGCCCUCAAGCACUUGAUCGACGAUAACACACCCUUACCUUUAGUUGUCAUGAUCGACGACAUCGAUGCACCGACCGGCAUCCGGCUCGGCGAGCUGGAGUACGAGCAGCUCAUCGCAAGGGGCGAUCCCACGUGCCCUCCAACUCCCCUCUAUGACGAGUGGGAUCCGAUAGCUCUCAAUUACACCUCCGGCACCACCUCGGCGCCCAAGGGAGUGGUCUACAGCCACCGGGGAGCUUUCCUUAGUACUUUGAGCCUCCUCCUCCAGUGGGAGGUGGGGAGCGAGCCGGUGUACCUGUGGUCGCUCCCUAUGUUCCACUGCAACGGGUGGACCUUCACGUGGGGCAUGGCGGCGCGCGGCGGCGCCAACGUCUGCCUCCGGCCGCCACCGGCGCCGCUGCUUGAAAAGAUCGAACACCUUGGCUUCCGCGUCACCCACGCCUACGGCCUCACGGAGGCGACCGGGCCGGCGCUGGUCUGCGAGUGGCGCGAAGAGUGGAACCGCCGCCCGGUGGAGGAGCAAGCCCGGCUCAAAGCCCGGCAGGGCAUCAGCGUGCUGACGCUCGCCGACGUCGACGUAAAAGACCUCGAAACCAUGCAAAGCAUCUCCCGGGACGGGAAGUCGCUCGGAGAGAUAGUUCUUCGAGGGAGCAGCAUCAUGAAAGGUUACUACAAGAACCGGGACGCCACCGACGCUGCAUUUAGAGAUGGGUGGUUCCUCACCGGCGACGUGGGGGUCAUCCACCCCGACGGCUACGUCGAGAUCAAGGACCGAUCGAAGGAUGUCAUCAUAUCCGGCGGCGAGAACAUCAGCAGCGUGGAGGUAGAGACGAUCCUCUACCGGCAUCCGAUGGUGCUGGAGGCGGCGGUGGUGGCGAUGCCGCACCCGCACUGGGGUGAAACACCUUGUGCCUUCCUAAAACUAAAGAAAGACUGCGUACAAGGGAGUAUCAAAGAAGAGGAUAUCAUAUCCUACUGCAGGAAUAGCAUGUCCAGGUUUAUGGUCCCGAAGAAGGUGGUGUUCAUGGAGGAGUUGCCAAAGACUUCGACGGGGAAGAUCCAAAAGUUUCAGCUAAGGGAGAUGGCUCGGGGCCUCAAGGCGACGGACAGAGACCGGACGCCGCAGGGAGGAGCGGCGCCACAAGGAAAGGUCCAGGUGGUUUAUGUUAACGGUAAUAACGGUCACGGCCAGCCGGAGGCACAAGAGCAAGUGUUGGCCAUGUCUCGCCUUUGAGAUUGGUAAUUGGGAUUAACGGUACACACGUGUAGAUGUUGGUAAAUAAAGGAAAGGUCAUGAUAACAGAGAGUCAGUGUCUGGUGUGAUUCAUGUCACAUAAGAUAUAUUAAUUGUUGUUGUGGAUUAUUAUAGACGGUGAAUGAAGCUAUUGUUUUGAGUCAACCUGUCUUUGUAUAGAUGGAAGUCAAGCUUUUUAGUCAUGUUGGAUCGCGAGCUCUCGUGCUUGCAAUUUUGUUUUAAUCUAUACCGCGUGUGGCAGUUGAGUUAAUAA